AUGGCCCGGCUGCUCCUGCCGCUGCUCCGCCGGGCGCCCGCAGCCUUGGCCGGCCAGAGCGGAAGGCGGCGCUGCAGCCUGGGCGCCUGCGCUUCCUACCGCCUCCGGGACGGCGUACACCCUCUCUGGCAGAGCCCAAUCACCAUCCCAGGAGGCAGCCGCCAAUCUCCGAUUAAUAUCCAGUGGAGAGACAGCGUUUAUGACCCUCACCUGAAACCGCUGGAGAUACGUUAUGAUCCAGACACUUGUCUCCACAUGUGGAACAACGGAUACUCCUUCCUGGUUGAGUUUGAGGACUCUGUGGAUAAAUCAAUCAUAACUGGGGGUCCCUUGGAGAACAACUACCGGUUGAAGCAGUUCCAUUUUCACUGGGGAGCCGUCAACGAAUGGGGCUCCGAGCACACCGUGGACUGCAAGGUGUUCCCAGCUGAGCUGCAUUUAGUUCACUGGAAUUGCUGCAAAUUUGGAAGUUUCGAAGAAGCUCUAAUGGACGAAAAUGGUCUGGCUGUCAUUGGGGUAUUUUUGAAGCUUGGAGCCACUCAUAACGGUCUGCAGAAAUUAGUAGAUGCCUUGCCCUCCAUUAAGUACAAGGAUUCUCUGGUUGAACUUGAGGAGUUUGAUCCUUCCUGCUUGUUGCCUUCAUGCCCAGAUUAUUGGACUUAUUCAGGAUCUCUGACCACCCCUCCACUUUCGGAGUCGGUCACCUGGAUCAUCAAGAAGAAAGCAAUUGAGGUCGAUGAAGACCAGCUCGAGGUCUUUCGGAUGCUGCUCUUUACUCCGGCUGGAGAAGACGAGAAGAGGAUGGUGGACAACUUCCGUCCACUACAGCCCAUCAUGGAUCGAACAGUCCGUUCAUCCUUUUCAAAGCACUUCUGGCAGGACAUGGAAAAGGAGGACCAGAUGUUCCAUGCCCCCCAGCAAGUGCCCCUUCGCGACAGUCUGCAGCUUUAAGCAGCUAAAUGUUACCUGUUGCCUGAAAAGUAGUUUAGCAUAAAGCUGGGGCCGAGAGAUUUCCGGUCCUUUGCUCUUCCAGAAGACUGCUCUUUUAGCGUGAGAACCGCUUGGACUCCAGUCUUCUCCCAGUAACAGUUCAAAGCACCAGUUAGGACUCCAAGCCUCACCUCUACUGCCCAGGUGUUUCUCCAUCAGCAGAUGCUCCAUUGCAGGAGCUGCACAGUUGGGCAAGGCCUCUCGGAGGACCCCUAAGGAACCAGGCAAUCUGCAAAGCAGGAUUGUUCACCGAGAGAAGAAAUUUAUACAAUUUGGCAAGGGCAGGCAUUGGUUUUGGGUUUCAAGCUAGUUUGACCCAGAUGCCAGGAUUAUAACAAUCUGAAUUGCCAAUUGUUCUGGGAAUUAUAGUAUUAACGCACCUGAAGGACAUCCUGUUGCAGAAACCUUUUGCAGAUGACCUAAUCCUUAUUUACCUCUAAAGGGUGGUCUAACUUUAUAGCAGCUCCUCUCUUCCCCCAGCAAUUUUCCUGUCUCUGUACAUACAAGAGGCUGUGGUUAUUUGUGAUCUAGGAAACAAGAGGAAAACUUUUUCUGCAUAAAGCAGCAGAUUUGAAUGGAUUUCGGGCUAUGGAACAACCAGGCUCGCUUAGAAGGAAAUACCUAACAUAGGCACCAAAUACGUUACAAGGAAACAUGAUAGGAUCCAUUUCCUGUCCUAAAUAUGUGUACUUACUGAUGCAUAAAGCCUGCCAGAUGUAAAUAUGCAUAUUUUUCAUUCUGUAGCACUUCAAUAGCUUAAAACAAAACAAAAAACUAGAGCCCGCACAGUGCCUAAUCAUGUGGAAGACAAUCAAUCCACUAUCGCAGCUUGCUAAAUCUUCAGUUGGGAUUGGUGAGCACACAGUCAGUGCCAUAACUGAUCAGGGGCAUUCAAAACCGAAGCCUUGGUCAGCCGCAUCAGAGGACUUGUGUGUGAACAAUCUUAACUUGUGUGCAUCGAAGCAGAAACAAAUCAACAGUACUUUAAAAAGUAGACUUACGGCAGCGUGGACUUUCUUGGCCUUUCCGUUUUUCAUAUCAGAGUUUUAUAUCUCCUAAGUCCUUUUUCCUCUACGUGUAAAAGAAUCAUUAUAGGCAGGCUGAGAGAUUGAUGAAUCAAUUCAGCGUUUAUGAAAACGGUGCAGAAAGGAAGUUUAAGCUGUUAGGCAUCUUUAUAAUAAAUAUGAAGUCCUCUCUC